CUCAGCCUUCCCCUUCCCAAUAUCUCCUACAGCACCCACGAAGAAACAGAAAGGAAAAAGAAAAGCAAGAAGAGGGAAAGGAGAAGAAAGUCCCACUCCCGACGCUCUUUUCCGCGUCUCUGCCCCUUCCGAUCGAUCACUAGAGAAGAGGAAGGGGAUGGGCGUGCCGAUCGCACAGCCGGCUGAGCGCCGGCUCGUCUUCACGUACGGCACGCUGAAACGGGGGUUCUCCAACCACCGGCUGGUUCAGGAGCUCAUCCGCCGCGGGGACGCCGAGUUCGUCGGUCCCUACCGCACCGCGGAGAGGUACCCCUUGGUGUGCGGGCCCUACCAGGUUCCUUUCCUGCUGGACUUCCGCGGCAAGGGCGACUGCGUCCGCGGCGAGCUCUACGCCGUCUCGGCCGCUGGAAUCCGGCAUAUGGACGAACUCGAGGGCACGUCCAAGGGCCAUUACGUCCGCCGCUCCGUGGUGAUCAUGCCGGAGGAAGGGGAAGAGGAAGGAGGCGAGGUCAAGGCGGAGGCGUAUUUCGCGCACAGCAGCUAUGCGGAGAGGCUGUGGCAAAGGCGUGGGAUGAAGGGGCUGAGCGUGUACUCGCCGGAGGAGACCGUCGGGUAUGUUCGGAGGGCCGAUAGGCCGCAGCACCUCACCUUUCUCCAGCAGAUCGACCUGUUCAUCUCGGUGGGCGGCCAAGCCUGAUCGGGUUCUGUUGAUCGUCCCUAGGCCCUGUUUGCGUUGCUAGUUUUUUCUUUCCUAGCUGAUUCCAUGAUGACGAUCUUAUACUCUCUCGGUCCUGUUUGAUUGGGCCAUUACUCUAGUUCACAAUAAUAUGAAAUUCUCGCGAUUUCGUUCA